UCUGGUCCCGGCGGUAAGAUGGCGGCUGCCGCUGAGUGCGAUGUGGUAAUGGCGGCGACCGAGCCAGAGCUGCUCGAGGACGAAGAGGCAAAGAGGACUUUAGAAGAUUGGAGAACAAUGGUCAACGGCUGCCUAGGUGCCUUGAGGCCUGAUGCACAGUCGCUCUGAGAGCCCAUUUCUCCCAUAUUCAACUAAUGUUUGGUCCCCUUUCUCCAGUGCUGAGUGAUGUGGAAGUUCCUUAGAGGUCGUUCCAGGGAAGCGGAGUCUUUCAAGGAACAAGGAAAUGCAUACUAUGCCAAGAAAGAUUACAAUGAAGCUUAUAACUAUUACACGAAAGCCAUAGAUAUGUGUCCUAAAAAUGCUAGCUAUUAUGGUAAUCGAGCAGCCACCUUGAUGAUGCUUGGAAGAUUCCGGGAAGCUCUAGGAGAUGCACAGCAGUCAGUGAGGUUGGACGACAGCUUUGUUCGGGGACACCUACGAGAGGGCAAGUGCCACCUUUUUCUAGGGAAUGCCAUGGCUGCAUGUCGAAGUUUCCAGAGAGCUCUAGAACUGGAUCACAAAAACACUCAGGCAAAACAGGAGUUCAAGAAUGCGAAUGCAGUCAUAGAAUAUGAGAAAAUAGCAGAAACAGAUUUUGAGAAGCGGGAUUUUCGGAAGGUUGUUUUCUGCAUGGAUCGUGCCCUGGAAUUUGCCCCUGCCUGCCAUCGCUUCAAAAUCCUCAAAGCAGAAUGUUUAGCAAUGCUGGGUCGUUAUCCGGAAGCACAGUCUGUGGCCAGUGACAUUUUACGAAUGGAUUCCACCAAUGCGGAUGCUCUGUAUGUACGAGGUCUUUGCCUUUAUUAUGAAGAUUGUAUUGAGAAGGCGGUUCAGUUUUUUAUACAGGCUCUCAGGAUGGCUCCUGACCAUGAUAAGGCCUGUGUUGCUUGCAGAAAUGCCAAAGCACUUAAAGCAAAGAAGGAAGAUGGGAAUAAAGCGUUUAAAGAAGGAAAUUAUAAACUAGCAUAUGAACUGUACACAGAAGCCCUGGGAAUAGACCCCAACAAUAUAAAAACAAAUGCUAAACUCUACUGUAAUCGGGGUACGGUUAAUUCCAAGCUUAGGAAACUAGAUGAUGCAAUAGAAGACUGCACAAAUGCAGUGAAGCUCGAUGACACGUAUAUAAAAGCCUACUUGAGAAGAGCUCAGUGUUACAUGGACACAGAACAGUAUGAAGAAGCAGUGCGGGACUAUGAAAAAGUGUAUCAGACAGAGAAGACAAAAGAACACAAACAACUCCUAAAAAAUGCACAGCUGGAAUUGAAGAAGAGUAAGAGGAAAGAUUACUACAAGAUCCUGGGAGUGGACAAGAAUGCCUCUGAGGACGAGAUCAAGAAAGCUUAUCGGAAGCGGGCCUUGAUGCACCAUCCAGAUCGGCACAGUGGAGCCAGUGCUGAAGUGCAGAAGGAGGAGGAGAAGAAGUUCAAGGAAGUUGGAGAAGCCUUCACUAUCCUCUCAGAUCCUAAGAAAAAAACUCGCUAUGACAGUGGACAAGACUUGGAUGAGGAGGGCAUGAACAUGGGAGAUUUUGACGCAAAUAAUAUCUUCAAGGCGUUCUUCGGUGGUCCCGGAGGCUUCAGCUUUGAAGCAUCUGGUCCAGGGAAUUUCUUUUUUCAGUUUGGCUAAUGAAAGGAAACCAGUCACCCAGAACCCAGGAAAUGCAGACUUGCUCAGUUUAACCUUGAAUAUGGACACAAUUCAACUCCUCCCUUCAUCAUGUCUCCGUGUACUUAGAGCAGUUUCAUUUUCUUGGUUGGAUACCUCUGUCUGUGUGAGUGGGGUGAAGGAAAGGGAGCCAGCGCUGAAGACUGCGGGUAGGGGUGGGAGGCAGGGGGUGGAGAGGGAGGCAGCUUGUGAAUUUUUGUUGUACUGUUUAACUUUAUUAAAAAAGAAGAAAAAAUGAAGAGAAUAAAAUGUUUUGACCCUUUCUGGCCCUUUGCUCUGGCAGCUGCUUUGUGUCACCCCCAAGUCAGUGGGCCAGAGCCGAGUCCUCACCAUGUCUGAUCCCGACAUGGACUUAAGACUCAGCAGGCUGGUCCGCAGGGGCAGUAGCACCCAGAGUCUGGUGGCAGGUGGGGUGCUGAGCAGGCCCCAGGUGUGCUCCUGAGCCCAGCCUGAUAUCAGUCAUGGGGGGGGUGGUACUAAGCAUCAGGCUGGGCGAAUCUAGUCAGGGGAGGUCUGCACAGACCCUCAUGGUUCCUGUUGUCAGUUUUGGGCUAGACUAAGAGGGGGAUGAAAGCCUGCCUCCCCAGCUGCUUUCAAAGUAGGCCAAAGCUGGCCAGCUCCUGGAGUCCAGGGGUCUGGCUGCUGACAUCACACUCCACAGCUGAAGACACCAUUCUUAGCAAACGCCCUUGCCUUCUCCACUGGUUUCCCUUUCUGCGUGAAGGUGGCAAGCUGGGGCAGGAAGCUAUGGUGCGGGCUGUGCUCUUCAGGUCAAGCUUGGCGCCUGUGGUCACACCCUUAGGGGCUCCACACAGGAGCAUUUGAAGCUUUGGAUGACACAUUUUUGGUGCUUUGGUAGUCAAAGUAGUCAGGGAAGAGCGUUCAACCAGGUAACUUAUGAUUUCUCUUCCUUCUGAGCCCCUGCCCCUCUUUCCAGUCUCCACCCUCUGGUGGCAAGGCAGUGGUGAGAUGAUGACCGUUAGGCCUGGGAAGUCCCCGUUUUGGCGAACCAAGUCCUAUUGGCCUAGAAGGGAUCUUCAAUCUCAGUUCUUUCCUAACAUUUGAAGUAGCACCGACCUGAGGUGGCCAGAGCGGCCUUUGCAACUAGGAACUUUGGUUUUGUUGCAAAGUCUGAUUGGAUGGGGCUGGGGACACCUGUGGGUCCCUUGUACUGGUUAAUUGGGGGAUGAGUGGCUUUGUGCUCCAUGUCCCUCAUACCCAGCCAACCCCCUCCUUCUGGUGAGUGUAAGACCAGCCUCUCUCCUUUCUGCCUCUGCAUGAAAGCCAACACUGUUCAGCUGCCCAACCUCACCACAGCUGUGCCCAGCCAGCAGCGGGGAGACAGGACCGAUGGCCCCAAGCUGUGGGACAAAGCCAGUCCUAAUGCACCCAGCCCUAGCCCAAGGGAAGACCUAGCUGGGCACAGAAGAGGAGAGACACUGCACACAGCUCGGAUUAACAUGAUUUAUUUCAUUAUCCAGUCUUAGAAGUUGCUGCAGUUGGGCAAAGCCAGGAUAGGAACUCAGAUCCCAAGUACUUCUGCUGAGUAACCACCUGAUUAGCAAGGCCCUGUUACGGUGCAGAGAGGGCAGUGGGGGGCGCAUCUAACAGUGUUAAAAAUCCCUUGCCAAAGAAACAAGUGGACCAGACCCAUAACAGCCAGAGGUCUGUUCCACUGGCUCUUGGUACCCACCAGCCCCCUUUAGAGGAGGCAUGAGGUCUCCAGGGGCACUGUGGAGGCAAGAUGAGCUGGGCAGAUAGCCAGACUAGCACGUCCCCACCAAUGGACUGUGCUGGCCCACAGUAUUCCUACCACUCAGUAGAGCCCCACCACUGGAAGGAUGGCUAACCCACCCCCUUCCUGUGGCGACGGCAGCCAGCAGCCUUGGAUGUGGCUUCAUUUUAUUCUCUUUUCUUCCCUAGUUAUCAACCUGCUACCUAGUUAAGGUGUGAAGGAGAAGGGGAUAGGGACCUAGGACCAAAGGUGGGAGGUUAACCCCUUUUAUUUACCCUGGUAAACAGCUCCUGCCUUCCUGGGGCUGUGCUGAUUAGGAAAGGGAUCAAAUCCGAGGGAUCCCCCACCCCAGAGCCACGACUAGUGCUCCACAGCAGUGUCACCACCGCCAGCCCCACUGCCUUCUGCCACCACCAGCAGGGUAUCUGCAACUCUCAGGUGUCCCCAGCGAGGCAGCAGCAGAGCUAGGGGCAUGGGCUGGGCUAACCAGUAACUGGAAGCAGGGCUCGUCAGCUUUGGUCCAGGUUCCUGAAUGGUGCCUACCCACACACCCCUGCCCCCCACCCCCGGGCUUUUGUGUUGAGGGCUUAGGUGUUAGAGGAAGAGAGUGAAUGGGACGAGAAAAUCAGUUAUUUUACAAGUUUUAAAAAGUUACAGGAAGUUAACUUCGAGUAAAAAAAAAAAAAAAAAACCUUA